AUGGGCGCCCUCGGGAAGCGCAAGCCAGCGGCGGGGAAGAAGCCCAGCGCGAAGGCGGCGAAGCGCGAACCUUCCCCGGAGCCCGCGUCGGAGUCCGAGUCCGAGGACGGAUCCUCAGGCGAUGACGACGACGAGGACGAGGCCGGCGGCGGCGCGGAAGAAUCCAACUCCGGGGACGGCUCCGACUCCGAGGAAGCGCUCGGCGAAGACGACGCGAGCGACGACGACGACGACGACGACGACGACGACGACGCGAGCGCGGACGACCUCGACGACGAAGCGUUCGAGGGCGACGACGUAGACCUAGACGACGACGACGACGAGGACGAGGGGGAGGAGGAGGAGGAGGACGACGACGCGGAGGAUUCCGACGGCGCGAUGGACGACGACUUCGACGGCGACGACGCCGGCGAAGCCGCCGGGAGCGACUCCGAGGACUCGCGCCAGGAGGAAUACGACGACGCCGCGCGCGCGGCCGCGGCGGCGGCGUCCAGAGCAGGCGGCGGCGGCGGCUUCGGCUUCGCGAAAGCGUUCGCGAACCUCGUCGGCGACGACCCGUCGCGAGAGGCGGAGGUCUUGCCGAAGACGAAGAAGCAGCGUCGCGUCGAGGCGGAGGCGAGACGCGAGAAGCGCGCGAGGAACGCGGAGAAGUCUCGUAAGCUCGAGCUCCGCGAGCGCGGGCACGUCGUCCCGAAGAAGGGCGUCGCGGACCCGGCGAGCGACCAGCUCGAGCGGCGGUUGAUUCAGACGGCGACGAGGGGCGUCGUGCGGCUGUUCAACGCGGUGAGCAAAGCGCAAAGAGACGCCGCGGAGGCGGACGCGUCGAGGGAUAAGAAGAAGAAGAAGACGACGUUGCUGUCGAGUAAAGGGUUCAUGGCGGAGCUCACGAAGCGCACGAAGGCGAGGACGGACGACGAGAUCGAGAUGGAGGCGGAGAUACUCAAGAAGACGGCGGGGCAGAAGAAGGCGGAGGCGGAGGGCGGCUGGGACGUCCUCUCGGACGGGUACCUGAUGGGUCGGAACAAGAUGAAGGACUGGGAGAAGGGGACCGCGGCGGGGGAGAACGAGCUCGAGAUCGAGGACGAAAUGCUCGAAUAG